CACCAGAGUCCCAUCAUUUGGAUAAUAUCAGAAUAUUUGCUGGGGGACGUUUUUUUAUUUUGAGCUCCAACGUGGGAAGCGUGUGACCGCCGGUGCACUCAGGAGCACACUCAUGCCACACGAGGCGGAACGAGGAGUAAGAACACUUUAACUGGGACAGUGUGUGGAGGAGAAAGUCACGUUCAGCUGGCGAAGCACGGGCCAAAACCUCAGGGAUAUGUCCAACAACACAGGAAGAGGUCAUGGGGGUCUUAACCAACUAGGUGGAAUGUUUGUUAAUGGCCGUCCACUUCCGGAGGUGAUCCGGCAACGCAUCGUGGACAUGGCCCACCAGGGGGUUCGGCCUUGUGACAUUUCCCGGCAACUUCGAGUCAGCCACGGCUGCGUCAGCAAGAUCCUGGGCCGCUACUAUGAAACAGGCAGCAUCAAGCCUGGUGUGAUCGGUGGCUCAAAGCCCAAAGUGGCCACCCCAAAAGUUGUGGAGAAGAUUGCAGAAUACAAGAGACAGAAUCCCACCAUGUUCGCCUGGGAAAUCAGAGACAGACUACUGGCAGAGGGCGUGUGUGAUAGUGACACAGUGCCCAGCGUCAGCUCCAUUAACAGGAUAAUUCGAACAAAGGUCCAACAGCCGUUCAAUCUUUCUCUUGAUGGAAAAGGCCUGAGUCCAGGAACAACCCUAAUCCCCAGUUCGGCAGUCACCCCUCCUGAGUCUCCACAGUCGGACUCUUUGGGCUCCACCUACUCCAUCAGUGGCUUGUUGGGUAUCCCCCAGCCCAGCACUGAGGGAAAAAGGAACCAUGAUGACAGUGAUCAGGAGAGCUGUCGGCACAGUGUGGACUCUCAGGGCAGUGGGGGCGUUCCAAGGAAACAGAUGAGAGUGGAUCAGUUCUCCACAGCUACGCAACAUCUGGACUGUGGGUUUGAGCGUCACCACUACCCACCAGACUCCUUCAGUUCAGCCUCCAGCAGCAAGACGGAGCAGACUUUGUACCCGUUGUCCCUCAUCAAUGGCAGCCUAGAUGAGGCCAAGACCAGCCUCUCAACAUCCAGCUCUGCCAUUGGACGGAAUCUGACGGCGCACCAGAGCUAUACCAUGGUGACUGAGCCCCUACAGGCCCUGCCACUCUGUCUAAAACAAGAAAUGUCCCCAGAAGUGACCAGCACAAGCUCUUCCCCAAACAUGAUAACAUCUAACCUGGCGUUCGUCGAGCUGCAGACGCUGCAGAAACCGGUGUCAGUUAGCAGCAGCUGCAGCAGUUCCAACCAUUUCCCCAAUGCCUUCAACUCAUUCUCCCAUCAUGCACCAGUUUAUGGGCAGUUCAGCAGUCAGUCUAUCAUAUCAGGGCGUGACAUGGUGAGCUCCACUCUGCCAGGCUACCCACCUCACAUCGCCUCCCCCGCCCAGGCAGGGUACUCUUCCUCUGCCAUCACAGGCAUGGUAGCAGCAGGUGCAGACUACACUGGUCAGUCCUAUAGCCAUUCACCGUACACCUCCUACAGUGAAGCAUGGAGGUUCACCAACUCCAGCAUAUUGGGUUCACCUUACUAUUACAGCUCAGCCUCCCGCACCGCCCCGCCGUCUGCAGCCGCCUACGACCACCUCUAGUCCGUGCUGUAUGGACAAACUGUGUGCUGACGAACCUGGCUCGACCCAGACCAUGACUGGAGACCCUUACAUCAGCUAACACAUCUGAAUGCAGACCAAGGCAUGAAACUCAGACUUGGAUGUGAACUUGAGGUUGUGUUAAUGAACCAGCAAGGCAUUUUUUUAACACCCUUUCAUGGCCUACCACAACUCCUAUUUAUUUAUUUCUCGGCACCUAAUGUACCAUUUCCCAGGGUGACACUGACUUGUGCACGUUUACACAUUGUUAACACCGAUCUCCUCCCAGGGCCUAUUUCCAGAGACUCAGUCUGACACCUCACAUCAAGGCCCACAUUUUCAGUGACAGAGCUCUUUAACACUGUUUCGGCCAAAGACUCCUUUUUCUGCACAUCUGCAACUUGACUCCAGCGACUAGGGAUAUGCAACUUCCUCACACUGAACUAUGCCUCUUGAUCUGUGUCUGCUUGGAAAUAAAUUUUGUGAUUUGCUUUUGCUGUAAAUUCAGAUUAUAAGAGCCUUCCUGUAGUGAAAAUAGAUUCAAGGAUGACACAUUAAAUCACAGUUACAACAAAAUGUCCACAUAUGCCCCUUAAAGACAAUUAAUGUAUCUGUCUAGCAAUAUGUACAUACUGUAAAUGACGAAGUAUUCAUGGGGAAGGAAGUGAUGCAGUUUUACUCAGAGAAUAACUGAGGACAGUUUGGCUACUGAAACCAACAAGGCUUGAAAUACAUUUGUUUUAAUUCAAAUACAUUUAGU